AAGAGGGCCUCGACCGAAGGUGACGCUGAGUCGGCUGAGGUGCGGGGAGUUAGGCUGUGCAGCACUUCGGGCGCUCUCCCCUCAUCUUUAUGCGGUGUAUGGCGGCGGGAUGGAGCGCGAGGGGAGCGGCGGCAGCGGAGGCUCGGCCGGACUCCUGCAGCAGAUCCUCAGCCUGAAGCUCGUGCCACGGGUGGGCAACGGGACCCUGUGCCCCAACUCCACUUCUCUCUGCUCCUUCCCAGAGAUGUGGUAUGGUGUGUUCCUGUGGGCACUGGUGUCCUCCCUCUUCUUUCAUGUCCCCGCUGGAUUACUGGCCCUCUUCACCCUCAGACAUCACAAAUAUGGUAGGUUCAUGUCUGUAAGCAUCCUGUUGAUGGGCAUCGUGGGACCAAUUACUGCUGGAAUCUUGACAAGUGCAGCAAUUGCUGGAGUUUACCGAGCAGCAGGGAAGGAGAUGAUACCGUUUGAAGCCUUGACCUUGGGCACUGGACAGACAUUCUGUGUGGUGGUGGUCUCCUUUUUACGGAUUUUAGCUACUCUAUAGCAUACACCCUUAUGCUGUGAUGUCCAACCUAAGUUUUCUAGAAUCCUCAGAGAAUACAUGAUGGAGUGUAGUGUGUUUUAUUUCUUCAAGUGGAAGCAACUUGGUUCAACAGGAAUGUGAAGAACAUAUCAGAUAUUUCUUCAGUUUGAAGCUGUAGCCAUUGAAGAUCUUUUUGGACUCCUAUCAUUCUCAACCAAGACAAAACAAGUUUCUUGGCCUCUUUUUUGUAGAUUAAGUUUUACACACAUACCUUUACCUAAACCAGGCCAACUGUGCCUUUGGGUUGGCUUCCCUUACACUGGAAUAUCCCUUACUAUAUUUGGUGAGAAAAUCCAUAUUUCAUGAAUGUUGCAUAUUUCGGAGAAACUGGGCAAUAUUGGUGUAUUUAACAUGAGCAGAAUAAGCUGCAUUAAAAUCUUAGUUGAUCUAA